AGUGCAUGUGAGCUGUAAGGUUCAGUUUCCUCCCACAUCCCAAACACAUGGAUGAUGUGAUGGUGAGGUGGAUUAGGUCACUGAAGGCCCAGGUCUGAAACUCACCGCCCGCCAUUGGAUUUCAUGACCCUUUAAAUGUGUUUACUUCAGCAUACCUCUUGUGUACUGUACAUGUUAUGUUGGUCUUCACAUUGUUAAGUUAUUAGUUAUUAAGUGCAGCAACGGAGUAUUUCGUUACUUCCCAUCACUUGAUGCUGUAUUGUUGGGUAACAUAAGAGGGAAGAAGCCAAACCUUGUCUGCUUCCUAUCUUGGCUCUUCCUGCGGUGACUCCCUCCUCCCAGCCAGGAGGCUGACGUAUGACAGCAUCCUCCACUCUGCCUACGCUGCCUGGUGGGCGACGAGCCUCCCGCCAAGUAUAUACAAGCUCACGGGGACUCAGGAGUUUCACUCCCCCUGAAGGCACAGCGUCUCUCUGUCCCCGGAGCUGAACCUCAGCAGAGAUAGCUGCAAAAAGGCAAUACCUUGGCGCGCAGGCUAACUCGCUUUCGGUUUUACUCGCCAUGGAGACACGCAGGACUGUGAGGAGCUCCAGAACAGCCCACAACUUCAAGAGUGGACUAUCUCUGUGGCUGAUCCUGUGGCUGGUGGUGGUGAAGCCCAGCAAUGUGGCUGCAUGCCCCAGGCUUUGUGUGUGUUACCCUACGCCCAUGACGGUCAGCUGCCAGUCCCAGAACCUCACCAUCGUUCCGGCCGACGUGCCCUAUGACUCACAACGUGUGUUCCUGCAAAACAAUCGCAUCACAGAGCUCCGUGCAGAUUCUUUUGGCUUUGAAACACAGGUGCUUUGGCUUUAUGGCAAUAACAUCACGUGGAUUGAGAGCGGGGCCUUUAGUAACCUCAGGGUGCUGGAGGAGUUGGACAUGGGCGACAACCCCACACUGAGGCGCUUAGAAGGUGGAGCUUUCAGGGGGCUGGAGAAGCUGCAGAGUCUGCACAUGCACCGAUGCAAGCUUGCCAUGUUACCCCACGAUCUCUUCUACAAGUUGUAUAGCCUGCAGUUUCUCUAUUUGCAGGAAAAUCAACUCCACUUUCUGCAGGAUGACUUGUUCUCAGAUCUGGUCAAUCUCACCCACCUAUUCCUCCAUGGCAACCGCAUCCGGGUCCUCUCUGAAAAUGUGUUCCGAGGCUUGGUCAAUCUGGACCGCCUCCUUCUCCACGAUAAUCGAAUCAGGCAGGUCAACCGUCGUGCUUUCCGUGACCUGGGUCGCCUCUCCAUUCUUUACCUGUUCAACAACUCCCUUGCUGAGCUCCCAGGCCAAGCUAUGAAAGACACCAAGGGCAUUAACUUCCUCCGUCUCAAUGGUAAUCCUUGGUCCUGCGGUUGUGAGGCCCGUACCUUGUGGGAGUGGUUCCGCGAGGUCCGCAUUUCCUCCUCUGAGCUGAUAUGCUCAUCGCCAUCCCAGCAUCGCGGGCAAGAUCUAAGAUUCCUCCGGGAGUUGGACUUCACCCUCUGCCCUAUGCCUGACCCCGGCUCGCUUUCUGGAACCACCACAACCACCUUUAGCACCAAGACCCGCUGGUGGUUCUCCAAGCACAAGCCUGCAUCUUCCUCCAAGGUCAAUAACCAGAAGACCACAGAGACAGUGAAGGCAUUCCCUGUAGGACAGCCAAAGUAUUUCCCCAAAACCAAUUUUGACUUGUUUCCUCCCAAGUAUGAACUAUCAGAUGACGAAGUGGCUCUCCCUAAGCUCAACCCAGAAGAGUACUGGGCCGACUAUGGGAAUGAAGAUGCUGGCAUCCGCUGCUUUGAGCCCGAGUGCUCCCCAAACUAUGGUAAUCCAGCUUUUGCAUCCUCAUUUUCGUCCUUUGCCACCAGUCUGGCCCUCCUCCACCCCCUCUCCUUCUGCCUAGUCACAUACUCCCUCCAUUUACUUUUUGGCUGAAUCCGUCAUUCCCUCAACUUUUCUUUGCUCUCUCAUUUCUCAGUCCUGCUCUUUUCAACUCAAAAUAAAUCCUGAUUCCUUUUACCUCCUCAAGAUGCAAGUAUAUGGCAGUACACCGUGACAAGAAACAGGCGAGGUAGCCAAAAUCUGUUUUAAAAAGCAGAUAUCAGUGGUGAUAUAAAAUUAAUCAUUACUGUCGAUUUGGCUGCUACUUACUAGCGUGUACAGCCUUGACAAUAACAGGGAUCGUAUCAUGGAGACGAUGAUAAGUGGCAAACAGCAACUGUUAACGAAAGACACACUGUCACAAAGUAAGGUUGUUGUGGCAUGCCCAGGGUUACUACACAAGGACUAAAAGUAUGGAAUAUGAUUUCAUAAAUUUCCAGGUCUGGAAAAGAAUGGAAAAUGGAAACUAUUGAAUGGAAAAAUAUUCAUGUUUCGAAGACUGUUAUAACAGCUCUAUUGUCUAAAACAAAAAAUUAUGAAUAUUAAAAAAAGCAUAGAUUGAUCUGUGUGUUUUUUUUAAGGCGCUUGGAAGUGCCGCUCCAAUGUUUGUUUGAGAGCACACAGUAUUAUACCAUGGUUUUGCUGAAUACUCGAUUCUGAUUGAUUAGAUUCUAUCAAAAAAUCAUUACAGGUAUAUUGUUCCAAAUUAAUGUGUAGCUCCCUUCGUCGAUAAAUUAUACGAGCAAACAUAGCAACCCGACACAGUCAGAUUUUCUGAUAAGUAAACAGAAAUUAGCGAAUUUAAAACAAUAAUGAGUUAUUUAUUUUAUUUGCUGGUUACAAGACCUUUGGUGCAUGUUUAAGUAGAACUUUCUAUUUUGACUACAAAACAUAUGAAAUUAUGAAUUGGUAGUUUCAUUAAUUAUUUUUGUUGGCGAGUGACCAUGGUAUAUGCGGAUUAAUGCCCUUUGAGGUAUACAAUUAUCAGGGAUUCAUGGACCACUUGGCGACCUUAUGGCAUAUAAAGAAUCACAAUGAUGCACAUCUUUUUCCUCAAACGUUAUAAAGUAUUAUAAUUUUUUUACUGAGAAGUCUGGAAAUUAGGGUCUGGAAAAAGUAUAUAAUUUUGAAAUCUGAAAUGCGUAGGAACCCUGCAUGCAUUUGUUUUGUUUGUGUGGCAGUAAUCUAUGCAGGCAUCAUAGCUUCUGUUCUUUUAGCUGUUUUCUCCAUGAACAAAUUGUCUGUACCUUAUUUAUAUCACCAAUGAACACCAAAAGAUUUAGGGCACAUGGCCCUGGCUUUUGCAAUAAGUGAUCAGGAGGUACGUGCAAAUAGUUUGGUUGAUAUACUGCAUUUCUUUUCAUGAGUAGAAGUGGUGAUUCGAGUCAUUUAUACGCAAUUGUAGGCUGUGCAUUUGGGAUGGGAUUUCAGUUGGGAUGUAGCAAUUGAAUCCACUUCUUAAUACCACCACUAUCAUGUCACAAUUAUAGAAGCCAUUAAUCCUAAAUAACAGUAAGAGUAAUAACAGUAAUAUAAUUCUGACAUCGAUGAUUACAAUAAUUUACCAAUGUUCAUAUGGCCCUACUGGCAAGUUGCAGAAAGGUAGUUUAGCGCAGAUGACAGGCAAAUAAAUAGAGACAAAGAAUUUCAGGGCGAAAUAAAAAAAAAAGAAGAAAAAAAAAGCCGAGCUCACUCAAGGAAAAUGAGGGGCCGAGUGCAGGAUUUGCAGCCAAGAAUGACUCUCUUCUCUCAGAUUCUGAGACUUGCGUGAUCCCAGAAAUGCCAGCAGCACAGCCGCCCACACGUGUACAAGCAACUUGAAACAACUCGAGCAACUUGAAACACGCAUCACACGACAAAAGUCAAACAUCACGCACUUUUCUGUAGUACUGUUGCUAGUUUUACUUUCCCCUUUUCACUCAGUAGCCUUUAGCAAUGCACACAAACAUGAGAUUGAGUGGUAAGGUCAAAGAAAUAAAAUCAUCGUUUCUGUUUUUUGUUUGUUUUUUAAUUUGAUUACUAGCAACGGCUUGAAUCAUGAAGAGAGUUAGUAGAUUUUUUUAUGUUGUGUGUUAAAGGUUUCUAAAAUUUGUAAAAUGAUUUACUAAUUUUCAAUGUUAUUAUUUAUUUAUUUAUAUGACAGAACAACUGUUAGUUUCAUUUAAUUGGACAACAUGUUUUUGGACUGUGUGAAAUACAUUGUUGUAAGCUGUAAGUGUGUACUGUAUUGUCAAAAUUUUACCAAACUGUUUUUGCAAUUAUUUGACUUGAUAAUCGAAUUAUGUGUUUCUCAAUGAAAAACUAG